GUGAGGAACAUGGUGGCCAGAAUUCUAUGGAGCCAUCUGUGAAUUCAUUGGGAAGAACAAAAAAACAGUUUAAAUGCCUGGAACGUGGGAUGUGCUUUAGUCACAGUGGAAGACUGAGGACACAUCAACGAAUCCACAUAGAGGAGAAACCAUUUAAAUGUACUGACUAUCGAAAGAGCUUCAGGGACAAUGGAACUCUUAGAAAACAUCAAGGAACUCACACAGGGGAGAAACCAUUUGAAUGUAUUGAAUGUGGAAAGAGCUUCGGUAAAAAUGGAGCACUAAGAACACACCAACGAACUCACACGGGGGAAAAACCAUUUGAAUGUACUGAAUGUGGAAAGUGCUUCAGUCGAUAUGGAACACUUAGAAUGCACGAACGAACUCACACAGAGGAGAAACCAUUUAAAUGUAUUGAAUGUGGAAACAGCUUCAGUCAAAAUGGAAACCUUAGAAUACAUCAACGAACUCACACAGGGGAAAAACCAUUUGAAUGUACUGAAUGUGGAAAGUGCUUCAGUCGAUAUGGAACACUUAUAAUACACCAACGAACUCACACGGGGGAGAAACCAUUUGCAUGUAUUGAAUGUGGAAAGAGCUUCAGUCAAUAUGGAACACUUAAAAUACACCAACGAACUCACACGGGGGAGAAACCAUUGAAAUGUAUUGAAUGUGGAAAGGGCUUCAGUGAAAGUGGAGCACUUAGAAGACAUGUACAAACUCACAUAGAAGAGAAACCUUUUAAAUGUAUUGCAUGUGGAAAGGGCUUCAGUAAGAGUGGAGACCUUAGAAUACACCAAGGAACUCACAUGGGGGAGAAACCAUUUAAAUGUAUUGAAUGUGGAAAGAGCUUCUGUAGAAGUGGGACACUUAGAAGACAUCAACGAACUCACACAGAGGAGAAACAAUUUAAAUGUAUUGAAUGUGGAAAGAGCUUCAGUAGAAGUGAACACCUUAGAAGACAUCAACUAACUCACACGGGGGAGAAACCUUUUAAAUGUAUUGAAUGUGGAAAUAGCUUCAGUCAAAGUGGAGCACUUAGAAUACACCAACGAACUCACACGGGGGAGAAACCAUUUAAAUGUUUUGAAUGUGGAAAGAGCUUCAGUAGAAGUGGACACCUUAGAGUACACCAACGAACUCACACGGGGGAGAAACCAUUUGCAUGUAUUGAAUGUGGAAACAGCUUCAGUCAAAAUAGAUACCUUAGAAUACAUCAACGAACUCACACGGGGGAGAAACCAUUUAAAUGUUUUGAAUGUGGAAAGUGCUUCAGUGAAAGUGGAGCACUUAGAAGACACCAACAAACUCACACGGGGGAGAAACCAUUUGCAUGUAUUGAAUGUGGAAACAGCUUCAGUCAAAAUGAAUACCUUAGAAUACAUCAACGAACUCACACAGGGGAGAAACCAUUUAAAUGUAUUGAAUGUGGAAAGAGUUUCAGUAGAAGUGGACACCUUAGAGUACAUCAACGAACUCACACGGGGGAGAAACCAUUUGAAUGUAUUGAAUGUGGAAAGAGCUUCAGUCAAAAUGUAAUACUUAGAAGACAUCUACAAACUCACAUAGAGGAGAAACCAUUUAAAUGUAUUGAAUGUGGAAAGAGCUUCAGUAAAAGUGGACACCUUAGAAUACACCAGCGAACUCACACGGGGGAGAAACCAUUUAAAUGUACUGAAUGUGGAAAAAGCUUCAACAGGAAGGAUAAACUUACAUUACAUCAACGAACUCACACGGGGGAGAAACCAUUUGAAUGUAUUGAAUGUGGAAAAAGCUUCAGUGAAAGUGGAAACCUUAGAAAACAUCAACGAACUCACACGGGGGAGAAACCAUUUAAAUGUAUUGAAUGUGGAAGUAGCUUCAGUGAAAGUGGAAACCUUAGAAAACAUCAACGAACUCACACGGGGGAGAAACCAUUUGAAUGUAUUGAAUGUGGAAAAAGCUUCAGUAAAAGUGGACACCUUAGAAUACACCAACGAACUCACACGGGGGAGAAACCAUUUAAAUGUAUUGAAUGUGGAAGGAGCUUCAGUGAAAGUGGAACACUUAGAAGACACCAACCAACUCACACGGGGGAGAAACCAUUUAAAUGUAUUGAAUGUGGAAAGUGCUUCAGUCGAUAUGGAACACUUAGAAGACACCAACGAACUCACACGGGGGAGAAACCAUUUGAAUGUAUUGAAUGUGGAAAGUGCUUCAGUCGAUAUGGAACACUUAAAAUACACCAACGAACUCACACGGGGGAGAAACCAUUUAAAUGUAUUGAAUGUGGAAAGGGCUUCAGUGAAAGUGGACACCUUAGAAUACACCAACGAACUCACACGGGGGAGAAACCAUUUAAAUGUAUUGAAUGUGGAAGGAGCUUCAGUGAAAGUGGAACACUUAGAAUACACCAACGAACUCACACGGGGGAGAAACCAUUUAAAUGUAUUGAAUGUGGAAUGAGCUUCAGUGUAAGUGGAUACCUUAGAAUACACCAACGAACUCACACGGGGGAGAAACCAUUUGAAUGUAUUGAAUGUGGAAAGUGCUUCAGUCAAUAUGGAACACUUAAAAUACACCAACGAACUCACACGGGGGAGAAACCAUUUAAAUGUAUUGAAUGUGGAAAGGGCUUCAGUGAAAGUGGACACCUUAGAAUACACCAACGAACUCACACUGGGGAGAAACCAUUUAAAUGUAUUGAAUGUGGAAAGGGCUUCAGUGAAAGUGGACACCUUAGAAUACACCAACGAACUCACACGGGGGAGAAACCAUUUAAAUGUAUUGAAUGUGGAAGGAGCUUCAGUGAAAGUGGAACACUUAGAAUACAUCAACGAACUCACACAGGGGAGAAACCAUUUAAAUGUAUUGAAUGUGGAAAUAGCUUCAGUAGAAGCGAACACCUUAGAAUACACCAACGAACUCACACAGGGGAGAAACCAUUUGAAUGUAUUAAAUGUGGAAAGAGCUUCAGUCGAUAUGCAUGCCUUAGAAGACACCAACAAACUCACACGGGAGAAAAACCAUUUGAAUGUAUUGAAUGUGGAAAGAGCUUCAGUCGAAAUGGAACACUUAGAAUACACCAACGAACUCACACAGGGGAGAAACCAUUUGAAUGUAUUGAAUGUGGAAAGAGCUUCAAUGAUAGUGGAAACCUUAGACAACAUCAACAAACUCACACGGGGGAGAAACCAUUUAAAUGUAUUGAAUGUGGAAAAAGCUUCAGUCAAAAUGGAACACUUAGAAUACACCAACGAACUCACACGGGGGAGAAACCAUUUGAAUGUAUUGAAUGUGGAAAGAGCUUCAGUGGAAGUGGAGACCUUAGAAAACAUCAACGAACUCACACGGGGGAGAAACCAUUUGAAUGUAUUGAAUGUGGAAAGAGCUUCAGUCGAAAUGGAACACUUAGAAUACACCAACGAACUCACACAGGGGAGAAACCAUUUGAAUGUAUUGAAUGUGGAAAGAGCUUCAGUGGAAGUGGAGACCUUAGAAAACAUCAACGAACUCACACGGGGGAGAAACCAUUUAAAUGUAUUGAAUGUGGAAAUAGCUUUAGUAGAAGUGAACACCUUAGAAUACACGAAGGAACUCACACGGGGGAGAAACCAUUUAAAUGUAUUGAAUGUGGAAAGUGCUUCAGUCAAAAUGGAACACUUAGAUUGCACCAACGAACUCACACGGGGGAGAAACCAUUUAAAUGUAUUGAAUGUGGAAAGAGCUUCAGUCGAUAUGGAAACCUUAGAAGACACCAACGAACUCACAUGGGGGAGAAACCAUUUGAAUGUAUUGAAUGUGGAAAGAGCUUCAGUGGAAGUGGAGACCUUAGAAGACAUCAACGAACUCACACGGGGGAGAAACCAUUUAAAUGUAUUGAAUGUGGAAAUAGCUUUAGUAGAAGUGAACACCUUAGAAUACACGAAGGAACUCACACGGGGGAGAAACCAUUUAAAUGUAUUGAAUGUGGAAAGUGCUUCAGUCAAAAUGGAACACUUAGAUUGCACCAACGAACUCACACGGGGGAGAAACCAUUUAAAUGUAUUGAAUGUGGAAAGAGCUUCAGUCAAAAUGGAAACCUUAGAAGACACCAACGAACUCACAUGGGGGAGAAACCAUUUAAAUGUAUUGAAUGUGGAAAGAGCUUCAGUCGAAAUGGAAACCUUAGAAUACACCAACGAACUCACAUAGGGGAGACACCAUUUGAAUGUAUUGAAUGUGGAAAGAGCUUCAAUGAUAUUGAAAACCUUAGACAACAUCAACAAACUCACACGGGGAGACACCAUUUA